ACGAAAGAUAAAUAGUUGUUUUUUAAUGACGUUAAUAAUAUUGAUAUUUUAAUAUAUAGUAAUUUAUUGAUGCUGCUGCACGCAGACGGACUCGUUCAUAUAUGAUAUAUUAUCGGCAAUCACGGAUAUAUAUAACAAGUAAAUUAAAGACGGGACGAUGAAGACCAAAACACUGAACAUUUUUGCUGUUUACAGCGCACGUUUCCAAUUUGCUCGUUAUCGUGGCAAUUAAUUAAAUGCUAUACUAUUUGUGCGAUUACAAUAUGGUUUAUAAUAGUGUGUUAAUGUCAAUGUAUUAUUUAUGAGUAUUAUCCAUAUAACUUAUUAAAUGCAUAUUUUUUUAAAUCUCAAAACGGGGUAAACGUGGGCGUGAACGACGUUCUUAUAUUUUAUUUUUUCCGCAACCACGGGUGAGUGGUAAUGUUUGGUGGGUAAACGAACUCCGAUCUGAAUUUAUAAAUACAAUACGAGUGAAACAAAGAGUACUGUAAUGCAGGAAAUUUCACUGUUGUACGCUAACAGGUUGCGCCACGUGUUUGUUUUCCAACGACAUGCAUGAUUUUAUUUGUUUGAAAUCACAAGUAAAGUAAAUGUCUACAAAACUUAGAUCAAAUCGUAAUGGUAACUUUUUCUUGCUUUUUACUUAUGGCUAAGUAUGACUUCGUGUCAGCAAAGGUUAUUUUAUAUUAUAUCAUUAACCUAAUGACGACAUCUCAAUGAAUAAUAUAUAAAAUAUUAUAGGUAUACAAAAUGCCAGUGCAACUAGUUUCAUAGGUAACAAAAUGGAUUUACUUCGAUUAAUGUUUAUUAUAAAUAGUUUUCAUAUCUGAAAUUUUUCUAAACCAUUAUUCAUAUAAGCUCGUUAAGUUUUAUCGAGUGGUGAAAAUAAAUUAACGAAAUAGCUUUUAUUUUUAUUAUGGUACCGCACUUUCUAAUUUCUAUACCAAGCUUAAGGCUUUUACGUUCGGUAAACUGCAAUAAUAUAUCGAUAUUAAAAGUAAUAACUGUGCAUUAUAAAUUAUAAUACACCUAUAUAAUAUAUUUAUAUAUAUAAUACCAAUACGCAUGACGAUGACCUGUAGGCAGAGAAGACCCUCUCGAUUCUGGUUACAACAUUUUUUUUGUAUAUCGAUUGGUCAUAAUUUAUUUUAUAUUAUAUAUAUUUAUUGUUUUUGAAGUGCGCUAUCCACCGAUAGACGGAAACAAACGAUUGCGUGGCUUAUUACAGUACGAUAAACGAUAAACGUGAACAUUAUUGUGCGCGAUAUCAUCACGCCCAGGGGCCAGGACACGUUGUUAUUAGUAUUGAUAUUAUUGCACAGAUGUCAGUACAAAAAAAGAACAACUGAACGAAAAGACAAAACGAAAAAAUUGAAGGUCACAUCGGCAAUUACAUAUACUAGGUAUCUAUGUUAUGUUGCAAUGAUAUUUUAUUGUCUGCAUUUAGGCGGCGUACGAUUUUAUAUUAAAAUUAUUAUUUAUUAAACGCACGCAUUGGGCGUACUACAGGUCCUUGUUGUUAGGAAUUAUUAUCGAUCGCCACAAGUAUACAAAUAUAAUGUAGAUAUACGUAAAUAAUUAAAAGUGAUAAAUCGGCAAUAUUAAAAAAAACGACCAUUAAACCACGUUUUUCGUUAACACAUCACGUAUACGGUAUAUUGGUAUUUGGUAUUAUCUGUCUAGCAGUUUUUUUUUAGUUUUUUGUCGAUUUAUUUAUUUUUGCAACAAGCGCGUCAUCGUCGUACGAGCAAUAACAAUAAAUAAUCAUAAUAUCAUAUUAUAAGACCCAUACGGUCCACAUGCGUAGCAGCAGAAGUAGAGAGAAAGGUAAUAAUAAUACGCGCACUGGGAUUUUAUAUUUUGCGAAUAACUGUGCGUAGCAAUUAUUACGACCUAGUUGCUGAUACUCUGAUAGUGUCUUGGUUUUCCAACGACAAUUACACACGGUUUGUACUUUUCUGCAGACGACUUGACAGAUUUAACGACAACAAACUCGGUCGGAACACGUUAAUAUUAUUAUUAUUAAACGCUGCAGGUAGUCUGCUCGCAUAUUAUAUAUAUAUAUGUAUAAAUGUGACGCAAAGUAAUACGAAAUGAAUAAUUUAGCGUUUAAAGAAAAAUAUAUGAACACCGUCCGGGUGGCGAGCGGAGUGCAGCCAAACGUUGCGGGAGGGGCCGUAUAGUAAGUCCGAGUAUUAAAAUCGACCGGUUUUCGCUCGGAUAUCGAUGAAGUGAGAAAACCGAGCCUCGUUCUGCUGCACCGUAAUAUAUACAUAGUAUUGCUAUUAUAAUUAUUAUUUGUAUUAUUUUAUUAUACAGGUGCGAGACUAUGGGAGAGUGAGGCGGAGUGAGUGGAAUCAAGAAGUUCUAUAAUAAUUUAAAAACAAUCGGAAGCAAUACAAAUUAUUUUUAUCACGUAAAUAUUAUCCAAACGAGAUAAUAUUAUUAUUUAUGUAAUACUACACGUGAUGUGGUGGUGGCGGCCGCGGUAGUGGUAGCGACUUGUUGCCCGGCCGUUAGAAAUCGCGCGAUGCGUGACAACACACAAAACCCUGGGAAAACGGCGGCGGCGGAAAUCAUUAGCAGCGCGAUUCGGCGGGAGCCAAAGGGGAAAUACGCCCGUAGUUUUUAAUCGUUUUUUUUCCGUUUCCGAAAAAAUUAACACCCGGAAAAGGAACGAGUGGUGCGAAAAAAUAAAUAAAUAAUAAACGGCUACGAACGCGGUCCUCGUACAUAAUUGUCCCGUAGUCGUCAAUCAUUUAACUCUUUCGUUACGCGUGUCAUUCGCGAUUGCAUAUGUUCAACGAAAAAAAAAAAUAUAUUAUAUAAAAAUGAAACGCGCACCCUGUGCGUUUUUCCCGGGGACUCGACGACAAUAAUUAUCGCAACUUGUAUGUAUAUACGUGGCCGGAACGAAAAUCGAAAGAAGUAAAAAACGAAAAGGGGUGAACGCCGCGGAAACCGAUGACAUUGAUGCUGAUCGAUUAUCGAUUUUCUCGGGGCGGCGGCGGCGUUCCACGCGGCGGGUAAAAAAAUAAUAAUGAUAAUAAUAAAAACGAGCCGGGUGCGUUUUUUCUCCAUAAUAUUCGCCUUUUGUCGUCGCAUCAUUAAUCAUCUUUUCGGAAGCGAUUCCGCACGAUCGAUUAAAACUACUACCACUACUGCGAUUACUACUACCUACUCGUUUCUUUUAAAAAAUGAUUUUUCCCUUCUUUUAUUUCCUUAAAAACAAUUUUUUUGCAGAAAAAGUUUUUUUAUUUUUUUUAAUGUGCUUGAAAUUCUCACGAGAUUGUUAUUUUCGUUAUUGUUAACGAAGUUGUUGAUGCGAAAUUCAAGACACGUAACCGGAUACCCUCCUUUUCUUUACAAAUAUUGAGUGUUUUUUUUUUCACGCCAUCAUCAAUUUUAAUCAGUAAGGAGUUGAUAGUGUGAAAUGUGCGCGCACUUAAAUUGAUUAGAAUUGAAACCGUUUAAUGUGCCCCGUAUUGCCGUUUAUAUUUUAAAGACGGAAUAAUUCCGACCGAAUAAUUUUUUAAGCGUCAUUGUUGAAAUAUUAUAACAAAAUAAUAAUACGUAGUAACUAAACACAAAAAAACGAUUGGUUUCAUAAAUUUUAGUUUCCACGUCGACACGGUGUAUUGGUGCAUAAUAUUAUAUCAUUUUAUUUUAAAUUAAGCUCGUAUUGGAGCGAGAAGGACUUACAUUUUUCUACCGAAAAUAAUUUUAAAACCACCUAGACGUCAUAAUGAAAAAGUGUCCGGGAUACAUGGACCGCAAGGUGUUCGAAUUCGGAAUGGAGGAUGCGGGCCCAGGACCGGCAGCAUACGGGGCCCGGACGACGGUGGGCCGCCUGAACCGGUUGCCCACUGUGGCCGGCGCACCGUCGUGCUCGAUGCACAAGCGGCUGGACUUGGGCAACGAGACCGAGGGGCCAGGGCCUGUGGUGUACAAUCUGGCACAGCUGACGUGCCGUGGCCGAGCGGUCGCGCCACGGUACAGCAUGGCCAAGAAACUGCCUUUCGACGGUGACAUGGACAACCCGGGACCGGCGGCGUAUAAGCCUAGAGUUCCUGUCAAAGGCCCGGUGCCCAAGAUGCUGUUUCGCAUAAUUGACCAGGAUCCCGUAAUGUCAAACAUUAUACUAUUAUUAUUUUAAUUUUAAUUUUAAAUUGCUAUGCCAUCUAGUUAACUAGGUAUCACACCAUUGAUUCCUCUUUUACAAAAUAAUUUCAAUUCUAAAAUAUUAUUUAAUAAAAUAUUAUUUGUCUGUAAAGUGUACCUAUGUUAUAAUAUGAACUUGACUACUUAAGUAAGUAUAAAGUAUGUGUAUCAUUGUGUGAAUUUAUAUGUGUGUUAAAGAGAGCCGCCAAUCCUGGGUCGAACGUUUACAAGUUGCCGUCAACACUGUCAC